UUGUGAAAGGAAUGAGGAGUCUACGAGAAAUACUACGGACUGUGGAAACAAAAGCUGCUCAGACCUUCAAAAUGACUGCAGCCAAACAGCUAGCCCAAGUACUUCUCCAUUCUCUCAGUGAAGACUGUUACUGGAGCCCUUUAUCUGAUCCGCUUCCUGAGUUCAUGAACAAGGAAGAUCAGUCUUAUGUUAGCAAUCUUCUUUGUCGGAGGCCCGAGCUGUACACAGAAGAGAAUGCGUACUGCCCUCAAGACAACGUAGAAGAGGCUCUUCUUCUCCUCUUAAUCAGUGAAUCCAUGGCAAACCGCGACGCAGUGAUUAGCCGAGCCCCAGACCAGCAGGAUGACCGAGCUGUCAGCCUUCGGGAUGCUUCUGCAGUCUACGACCUCCUCAGUAUCACGCUGGGCAGAAGAGGGCAGUAUGUCAUGCUUUCUGAGUGCUUGGAGAGAGCCAUGAAGUUUGCGUUUGAUGAAUUUCAUCUCUGGUACCAGCUUGCCCUGUCCAUGGUGGCUUGUGGAAAG